AGGGUUCUAACAACCUCUGCAGUUACCUCAGACUGAGACAUUACCUUUGAGACUCGGUUAAAUGCAUCUUAUACUUAGUAACAAUGCUUUGUCAUAUCCCCCCACUGGUUCUCUGCUGAAUAUGCAAAUGUGUAAUAAGACCUAGCCAAUCAAGCCCAUGGGUAUCCUUAUGCAUUACUCAAUGCUGCAUGUCUAAGACUCUUUUACUGAGGCGUCUAUAUUACGCAAUGGUUCUUAUCUAUCUAGGAAUGGCCAUCGGAGUAUACCCAACAACAAGAAGUAUUCUAUAUCCUCAACGUGUGCUUCUUUUAUAAUGAGCGCAACGAGAUACCAGCGCCUGGAUGAAGAUGUACCCAGUGAUGAGCAGGAGAAGGGCAGUUCCCAUUGGCGCCUCUCCCAGCUGCUCCUGCUCGUCUACUGCGUACUAUCAACGACUGUCUUGUUCUUCCUCAUAGCGACGUAUCCCCACCCCGCACCAUCACAAACAUAUACACUCCACACCAUCCUCGGCGCUGACAAAGACUACAUGUCCAUCGACCACCGCUUCGACUCGCUGUGGACGGAUCUCAACGGAUCGGCCGUCUUUGCUCAGCCUGAUCCCCGCUUCGACGGAAAAGACACAGCCGCUGCGUUGUCCAUGUUUCAUCAGCUCCACUGUCUCGCGUCCUUCCGGUCAGCCAUCCAGAUGGCUCGUGAGGGUGUCGAUCCUGGUCUCGAUUGGCAGGAUAACUCGCACUGGCCGCAUUGCCUGGACUACAUGCGAAAGACUGUUCUCUGCUGGGCUGACGGCACCCUCGAGCGGCAGCACAUGUUGGCCAAUGGAAGUCUUGUUACAUUCAUCGACGGGGCACAUGAUUUGCGAAAGUGCGGAGAUAGCCACAGACUAAUUAAUAUGAUGACACAGGCUGGGAGGAUCGUCUAUACCGAGGGGCUUCCAUAGGAGUGGCAAAAUCGGAUCAAUGUUACAUCAGGAUCAGUUACAUCAGGAUCAGUGGGUAGCUUAGAAUACAAUCAGAUAUAAAUACCCUCUGUAGGUUGUAGACAAGAACCAGAGUUAACAGGAAUCAUUCAAGUCGAUUAUCAAAUAAAAUAUACUCAAGAUGCG